GUCAAAUUUGGCCUUCAAUUAUUGGAGCUUCUCGCAAUUUGUGAGGGUUUUGCAAUGUCUGAGUGAAGUGAAACACAUGAAAUCGAUGCUGUAAAACAACUGAAUGGUGUCCUCAUUAAAAUGACCUCGAGAAGCAAGAAUGCCGUGCGGAGCUACGAGGCAGAGAUCGAAAAGAGUCGUGAGGAGUCCAACUGGAAGAAAGUUGUGGACCUGGCUCAACAACUGAAGGCCAGGUCACCUCAACAUGAGAGUCUCGCACAUUUCCUUAUCGGUGAGGGCAAAUUGGAAGCCUUUCUGGAUGAAUGUCCUCCUAUCAAGGAGAAUAUUGAACGAGCCCAGAGAGAACUAUCGGAUGCGAGAGGCUACCUGACCCUCGCCACUGAUGAGGCCGGCAAGAAAGCCGGUGUAGCGUUAGAUGCACAUUUACUGCUCGGGAAGCUGAAUUACGCGUGUGGAGCCUAUGAUGACGCUUUGAAACACUACACACUCGCAGAGCUGAAUACAUUGACGGAGAAGGAAUUACCUGUUCGCAGUCUUCGAAUAGUCGCGGAGUCGUACGCCAUUAAAGGACUAUGUUUGGAACAAACCUCCCUGCCUGGUUCCACGAGCCGGUACAAACAGGCUGAAAGGGAAACGGAAAUGAUCCGCAGCUUCGAGAUAUCGUCGGAGCUGAGUCUAUUGUACCUGCAGCGCUGCGGCAGCGCUCGGGGCGCUGGCGUGACGCUUGAGACAGCGCUGCAGCGCGCUCCACUCUUACACAUACGAGCUGGGAGACUGCACGCGGCCAUCGACAGGUACCGCGAGAUGUUGACGGCGGUGGAGUCCUCGUCCACGCAGACCUUGCGACUGACCCUGGCGAGGCAGCUCGCUGAAGUACUCAUGAGAGGAGUCACGGGACAGGUUUACAAAGCGCCGGUGCGUCCCUUGGAUGGAGCGAACGAGGGACCUUGGAAGCCGAAGAAGUACACCGCCAUCAAUCAGUUCGUGCCGCGCAACGAGCACGAGGAGGCGGUGCUGGUGCUGCUGGUGGGCGAGGCGAUGGCCGUGAGGGACGCCGUGCUGUCCCAGAGCGCGGAGUUCGAGUCCCUGAGAGCGCACUCGCUGAGGACGGCCGCGGCGAUCGCGGACCUGCUGGCGCUGGCGACCAUGCGCUGGGGACAACUGGCCGUGGUCAUCGAGUCUUUGGAGCGCGCUAUGAAGUUUUCGUUCGGCUGCGCUCACAUCUGGAGACAGCGCGCCCUCGCCACCGCCGCCGCCGCGCACGUCGAGAUACACAAGCAGACCAACGGGUCGUCGGUUUGGGGAUCCACCGUCCGCGCUCUGGGGGUGUCCCGGCGCGCCGCCCCCCUCGUGCCCGAGGACUCCGCCCUCCGCCUCGUAGCGGCUCACACGGCCUACAGAGCGCGAUGGAUAGAGGAGGGCAUCGAGUUGUCGGAGGAGGCGCUCAGUAUAGAGGAGCAGCGCCGGGGGGCUCUGCUGGCGAGGUGCUGCCUCAUGUGCGGCGUCGGCUACCAGAUGAAGGCCCAGAAAACGAAUUCCAGAAUAGACAAGGAGGCGGAGAACGACAAGAGUCUGAAGAUGUUGCUGAGGUCCGUGCAGCUGGACGACAACGACCACCUGGCCUUCUACCACCUGGCGCUGCAGUUCAUGCACCUGGGCCUGCUCAACGACGCCAUGGACGCGACUAGGUCGUGCCUGUCGGUGCGCGCGGAGUGCGGCGGGGGUCUCCGCCUGGCGACCGCGCUUUGGUCGUCUGCGUGCGCUGGCGCGAGGGGUGCUCGAGCGCUAUCCGCGGCGCGCCUGGCCCAGCUGCACCACCCGUCUUCCGCCUGGCCUCUCCACAGCCUCGCCGCCUUGCAGCUGCUGUGGGAGAGCGGGGAGGCGGCUCUCAGUACGGGCAAGGAGCUGUUGAAGCUGUUGACCAGCUCGGAGGAGCUGGUCGCCGAGCACGUGGAUGGCGGGGACCUGGACGCGCUGUCCGACUCACAGAGAGACGACGGCCGCAGCACCCGGGACUCGGCGUCCAUCCGCGCGGAGUCGGCGGGCGCGUACCGUAUGGAGCGCACGUUGUCCGAGGGCGCGUCGUCUUUCUCCAACAAACCUCGCAGCGCGCUCGCUGAACACAAGGCCAACGCCUGGCUCCUCCUGGCCGACUUGUACUUGAGGUCGGACCGAGUGAGCGCGGCGGCCGGCUGCGUGUCCGAGGCCGCGUCCCUGACGCCCUUCAGUCACCUCGUCCUCUACACCCGCGGCCUGGUCCACGCGGCGAGCUCCAACUGGGACGAGGCCCGCCAGUGCUUCACCAACGCCCUGGCCAUCCACCCCACACACCUGGACAGCAUCGUGCAGCUGGGAGCGACGUACUACGCCUUGGGUUGGUUGCGGUUGGCGGAGCGGACGCUUCGGGAGGCCGGGGUUCUGGAGCCGCGGCGCGCGGACACCUGGCGUCGCCUGGCGCUGGUGCUGGAAGCGCUGGACGAGCCCGCGGCCGCCGCAGACGCCGCCGCCGCCGCCCUCGCCCUGCACCCGCUGCACGCCGCCCACGCCCUCCACGCGCUCACCGCCGACAGGCUGCCGCUCUGAAACCGCCCGCGGAAAUAUAUAUAUAUAUAUGUAUAUCUAAGCUACAAGCUACAAGUCGGUCCGCGGACUCUGGAACGCGUUUAGAGAGGCAGAAGUGAAACUUCGUAAUGUGAGAAUGAACACACGGCGGCGCGGCGCGGAGAGCACUUGUUGAUGAAGUCGUCCUGUCUGUUAAAACAACCUUUAUAAUCCUUGCUCUCACUUCCCGUCCGACCCAUCCCUCCCCUCUCCCCGGGAGCGUGGAACGUUUAACGCAACCUCGCAUUGGAAGUUUCACUUCAAAAAAGUAGUAAAAUUCAAGCCACGUCAGAUGUAUGUAUAUGUAAAAAUUAGUUCAAUCAAAGUUUCUCAUACACGCGACGCCGACACUGGGCUACACUCGGUGUAACGAUCAGCUGCCAGGCGGAUGUGGUGUCUGUGGCCAUACACAUAAGAGCGUCCGGGUGAUGUGGCCGCUGCCGCCAGGAGUGCAGCUCGUGUCGCCGCGGUUACAGUCCGUGUUCCCACGUAGUGACUUAACGUCGGUAACUUAUAUUCAUAGUUAGUGUGAGGCGCGGUUCAAAUAUUUUAUAAACCUAGCGUCUCCGGUAACUGGCGUGGCGAUGGAUCUAUCUUUAAAGGAACUAACUUUAUUAAUAUUAGUGUUAAAAUAUAUAUGAAAUGUUCAAUUAUACAAACGGUAACUGGCAAUAAAUAAUGUAUUAUAUCGUGGGCUUAUGGCUCAGCGGUUAGAGCGGCGGCAGGUCGCGCUCCGGGCCGUGUACAAGCUGUCGGCCCGCGUGUUUCCUGUAGACUCGUCGCUGUGUAGACGUACUUCCUCUUAGACAAUAAGCGAAAACGACUCGUGUAAUUACGUCUCUAUUCCUGUGACAAUAAGGCGCGCAUCAUCCGUGGAAAUAGAAAACCUGAAAAAUGUUGGAAACUACUCAGCGUAUCAGACGGCGCGAGCCACGGCGAGCGGGGAGGUAAAUACAAUAAGCGACCGGCGGAGCGAGCGACACAGCUAUGAUGAUUGUUGAUCACACCGGGUCGGCUGUGCUCCUUCCGUCUCGCGGUCAGCGACGCCCAGGAAGUGACGUUCCCGAUGCUCGUUCAAUAAAUUAUUGAAUUUAUUUUCCUCGCUGCUAAAUGUUGUUACAGAUGUUUGUAUGUGAAAGUGCUUUGUUAAAAACAGUCUUAUAGUUGUUUGAAUUCCAUUACACACGCACACACACAUCUGUUUGUAUGUGUGUGUGUGUGUGUGUGUGUUAAUUGUUUUAAGAGACCGGACAUGUUUUCCGUGUAAAAUUAUUUGAUAUUUCGUGAUCUAUUCCAGCAGCGAUAAUUCUGUGUUAUGUUCACCUGUAAUGCAAUAUUGUAUGUAGUUUUCUUAACAGCGGUAAUCGUAAGCUCUAUGUAUACCCGCUGUGUGUUUAGUACGAGUUUUGCAAUCACAAUAGACGUUUACAGGUUUUCAUUCUUAAAUCUCGUCAUAUUAUAGUAUUAACGUGGGCUAUUGAACGAGAAACGAGCGACGUUCAGUGUGUAUUGUGAGUGCGCGAACUCGUACUAAACCCCCUGUUCCUAUACGCACGUGAGACGUGAAUAUCUCGUUUGUAAAGUGUAAUAUCCUCGAGGACUGUAUUUCAUAGCAUUUUUUAGAUGUUUUAGACGGAUUUACUGAAUUUCUCUAGUUUAUGGGUCCAAAGUUUAUUUCUAUGGAGCACGAGAGCUUUCCUAGUCGACAUUUAUAUAUCUAUGGUUCUGCGGUCGGUGUUGGUCCGUCCCGCCCGAGGAUAGAGGAAUUUAUGCUUUAUGUCCUCGCACUAGGGUCUAUUUCAGUAUAAAACGGUCGGGUUACGGGAUGCGGGUGUGUGUUUUCGACGGGUGGUGGUAGAUUUCUCGUGAUACUUGACUUGUAUGUAGCAUAUAAUUCAUGUCUGUCUGUAACCUUGUAUGUUCCAUAUAGUUUGUAAAGGAGAUGUAAUAUUUAGCCCCUCACAUUCCCAGUACUCGCUAUAGAUGCGAGUCGUAUACGUAAAACUUUAAGUUAUCACGUGUAACUCAUAUCAGUAUGAAAGUCAGCUGAGCCGUCUCAGUCUGUGUCUGAAUCGCUUCCCACGGUCGUGCGCCGUCGGCCUUGUAUUAUAAUGUACAGAACUAUAAUAAGUGUUUUAUUCUUAUGUAUAUUCAUCGUCUGCACACGGACGGUUGCCAGUUAAUGAUCAAUACUCCGCACACGUUAAAACUGAUAGUCGGUCGAUCGGACUACUGGUAAGCGCUAUUUGUGCGGACCAUGUAUUUAUCGUGUAACCGUACAGUAAACAACCUGUGUGUAAAUAUUGUAAUGUCUCGGCCGUCGCCUCCUGUACACUCGUAGUUCAAUGUUGAUGUAAAUAUAAUGUUUGUUCAUAUAAAUGUGUAAUGUUACAACUUUA